GGAGAGAGAGACCUCUCCACGCGGCUUCUCACUGUUUCUCUCUGCACUGCACUUACGAGGCUUGCGUUUAUCUGUGUUUCAGUUCCAUUUUCGCUCUCUCGGCGGCGCGGCGUUGGCUUUGGCCUGCGUCUGGGUCUGGGUCUGGGCGAAACAUUUCGAUGGCGGCCACAGUGGCCCAACGGAACAUUUUGGACCUUCCGUACGAGGUUCUUGAUCUGAUUUACAAAAAACUCAACAGCCUGAGCGAUAGAAUCAGUCUGGCCAAGGCGGAUGAGUAUCUGGGCGAGGCCUUCGCCUUCCACAGUCGCGACCAUUUCCGGCAGGUGAACACCUAUACAUAUUUUCAGGGGGAUUGGUGGCCCUUUCUGCUGUCCCUGUGCGGCACGCAUGUGCGCGAGUUCCGUUUUUCCACCGGUCACAAUUGGAGUGAACGCCUGGUCAAGUUGGUGGAGCGCCACUGCCCCCACCUGGAGAAAGUGACUUUGUGUGUGAAUAAUAUCAGCUGCAAGGGCAUCAGGUCGUUGGUUACAAACGCCAGUGCAACAAUAAAAGAAAUCGAUUUGUAUGUGAAUGACAGUCGUAUCUCAGAGAUACUUCAUGAGUAUCCCGAUUUUCCACAGCUCCGAAAGGCUAGAUUCUGCAAGUUGUCGUAUGUGGAUGUCCACUCUAUACAGAAAUACAACACAGUGGAGGAUUUGGCACUGCAGUCUGGAAGUCUUGGCCACGAUAUACCUAUCAAACUAUUCGAAAUUACUGCUAAUCUAAAGAAACUGCGUUUCUUGAAGGUGUUUCAUUAUAAUUUAGUAGAGUCUGGGGAUGGGGACGGGGACGGGGGUGGCGAUGGGGAUGCUCUACUGGGGAUGCCAAUCCCAUGUCCCAACGUGGAAUACCUCCAAAUGGAUUAUUGUCAGAUUUCAAUGGAGUUGCCGCUUUGCCCGAAGAUCAAAUCGCUGAAAAUUUCGUACUGUAUAUCGAGUAUCGAGGACGUGCUCUGGAGGUUCAUCGUGAAGCAGGGAGGCACCUUGGAGGAUAUCGAGAUUAACUGUCGUCCCUCGCUAUGCGAUAGCGGCGGUUUUCUCGAAAUUCUCCGCAGCUGCAAGAGACUCCGUUUGAUUCGCAUUCAGGCACAAAAGGUCAAGUUCACCAGGGAAGUGGUGGCCACCAUGAUGGACAUUCUGAAGGACAAUGGCGUCACACCGGAUAGGCCGCUACGAUUAAUACUCUACUGCAAUGCGAAGGUUUUUUGGAUCGCUCAAUGGCUUCGGUCAAAUAGCAAUCGGAAUUUAAUCUCUGUUCAGGAGUGGUGACAAUAAUUAUCAGAAUUAAAUAUGCCCAUGCCCAUACUCGUACAUGCAGUUGCUUCUCGUCAGAGAGAGUAGGCUCGCCGCUCAGAGGAACGCAUGGGAAAAGAACGAAGCAUUACAGACCUGCUGCCGAAACACCCAAGCACAUGCACAUGCACAUGUCUUCUGUUUAUUCCAAAUAAAAUACCCUGCUUGCAAAAUCA